GGACGGGGCCGGCGGACGGACCGCGCCGGUGUCGGAGCGUGCGCAGUCAGUGCGAGCGUGGGCCGCGACCUCCGGCCGAAGCGGGGAGGGGAGGGGGGGGCGGCGCGGCGCGGCGAUGGGGGCGGCGGCGGCGGAGGCGGAUCGCACUCUCUUCGUGGGUAACCUGGAGACCAAGGUCACCGAGGAGCUCCUCUUCGAGCUCUUCCACCAGGCUGGGCCAGUAAUAAAGGUGAAAAUUCCAAAAGAUAAGGAUGGUAAACCAAAGCAGUUUGCAUUUGUCAACUUCAAACAUGAAGUAUCUGUUCCUUAUGCAAUGAAUCUUCUUAAUGGAAUCAAACUUUUUGGGAGGCCCAUCAAAAUUCAGUUUAGAUCAGGAAGUAGUCAUGCCUCACAGGACACCUAUCCCCAACAUCAAGCUGUAAGCUCAAGCCCCACCUCCACGUCUCCUACCAGAUAUGAAAGGACUGUGGAUAAUAUGACUCCAUCAUCACAGAUAAUUCAGAGAUCAUUCUCAACUCCAGAAAAUUAUCAGAGACAAGCAGUGAUGAACAAUGUUCUGAGACAGAUGUCAUAUGGUGGGAAAUUUGGUUCUGUGCGUGUGGAUCCGUCUGGAUUUUCAUCAUCAGUUCCGUCACAUGGUCAUAACUUUAACCAGUCUUCCAGCUCCCCGUGGCGCCAUGAUACACCAUCAUCACAGCGCAAAGUCAGACAGAGUUCCCAUCCCUACCUAGCGGAUAGACACUAUAGCCACCAGCGUUACCCUGAUCAUGGGCCUGACUACCAUUACAGAGGAGCCAGAGAGGAUUUCUUCUAUGAAGACAGGAGUUCUGAUGGCUGGAGCCAUGACUACGAUAACAGAAGAGACAGAGACAGUAGGGAUGGGAAAUGGCACUUACCUCGACACUAGGAAGUGGUAUAAUGAGAUUGUCUUAUAGGGCCAUUUUAGGCCCUUGUGACUAAACAUUUUGUAAAACUGUACAGAGCAGCUUUACAAGUUGCACAUUUCUUAUAAAAAGUUUUUAAAACCUGUAACUGCAGUUUCAUACAGAAGUGAGAAGAACUGUGGUUCCAGUUUUCUUACAGUGUUAACCUUUCACCUCAGGGUUUUAGGAAGAGGAAAGGGUUUUAUAAAAAAAAAAGAAAAGAAAAAGUGCUCCAGUUCCUGAUAAUUUUAGACAAUUAGAAAGGAUGAAUUGUAUAGAUUGGUUGUAUUAUAAGGGGAAUAUUUUAAUUAUUUGUUACCUUUUUGUAUUGCAAGGAUUAUCUUGUUAAUCUCUGUGGAUGUAAUAGAAAGCAUUGAAGUUAGUAUUCUGAAAUAGCUCUCUGUAUUUUGUUAAUAAGGAAAUACAAGUUUUCAUUUUAUUAACACUUUAUUUGAGGAAGCAUAGUGAUUAUGUUUGGGGGGAAAAUUAGCCUUAGAAAUUUUAAGUACAAAUUUUGUGACAUGUUCUUUUGAGCUUUAACCCUGCUCUUGAACUCAGAAAUGUAAAGCUACUAUUCUAAAAUUUUAGGUUUUUUUUUUUUUUUUUUGCUGGUCCUGGGCUUGAAC